AACGUUUUUCUGUGCCAGUCGGCUUGGACGGAUCGCCACAAAUAAUUCAACUUUCAACUCUUCCUCCUUCGCCUCCCAAAAGUUUUUGGAAACAUUGAACAAUUGAAAGGGAUCGAAAACCAGAACGAAUAUAAUGAAUCGCUGGGUCGGAAGAGUGGCACUGGUCACCGGAGCCAGUUCAGGAAUCGGUCUGGUUAUCGCGGAGAAACUUGUUAGUCAAGGAAUGAUCGUGGUAGGAUGUGGCAGAAACGUGUCAGCUAUCGAGAAAUUGAAAGAACGCUGCAUCACCGCCAAGUACAAAGGGCAGCUCUACCCGUACAAGUGCGACAUCACAAAGGAGGCCGAGAUCGAUGCAAUGUUUCAAUGGGUCAGUACCAAUUUAUCGGGGGGCGUGGACGUCUGUGUAAAUAAUGCAGGAUUCUCCACCAACACAUCUCUCUUGGAAAUCCCUGUAUCUGAAAUGAGGAGCAUGUUGGAUACGAACAUAGUCGCGUUGGUGCAAUGCUCACAACUGUCGAUCAAAUCCAUGAUUCAGAGAAAUGUUAAUGACGGCCACAUCAUCAACAUAAACAGUACUUUGGGCCACCAUGUCUUGGGAAUCUUCAAUUUCUACGCUUCCACCAAAUUCGCCGUGACAGCCCUAACACAAGGUUUCCAAAAGGAUAUGGCUUCGAAAGGAUUGAGGAUCAAAUUUUCGUCAAUCAGUCCUGGCAGGACGGAGACUAACUUUCUCCACACGGCGCUCGGAUCCGAAAAUGCAGCCAGGGCUUACUCCACCAUGGAAAAUUUGCAACCUGAAGACGUUGCGGAUUCCGUCCUUCACGUCUUGGCCAGUCCACCGCAUGUUCAGAUCAAGGAGGUUAUGAUUGAGCCGAUUCAGCCCACUCCUCCAGGUGGAUACAGCGUCAAGUGAAAUGAGCCCGAAACACGCAACGCGACGGUGUCUUUCACCUCGCUAUUUACUAAAGCAAAGCACAUCCCAACACUUUGUACUUGUUACACGAGAACCAGACUGCUGGUCUCCAGAUUUUGAACCCCAUGCAAAAAAAUUGUAAUAAAAUGAAACCACAAGAAGAACAA